AAUACAAAAUUUGGUUAUAUAGUAAUUCAGGCAUUGUAGUACUUUGUUUUGGUUCUUAACUUCUUAGCAAAUAUGUCCAGUGAAAAGCAAAAUCUCAAGGCAGGGCAAUCCCACGGCCAGGGCCAGGAGAAGGCUGAAGAGUGGAUGCAAUCCACAAAGGAUACAGCCAAUGCAGCCAUGGACAAGACUGCUGAUGCAACUCAAUCAGCUAAGAACUCUGCCCCAGAAAACAAGGAGCAAGCUGCCGGCUUCCUCCAGCAGACAGGAGAGCAGGUAAAAGGCAUGGCUCAGGGCGCUGUGGACACUGUGAAGAGCACACUUGGAGUGGGUGAGAAGAAAUGAAA